AUGUCUGCCGUCGACAGCCAGAUCUGCUCCCGGUGCAACAGCACCGGCCACAGGGCCGCUCAGUGCCCGAAGAUGCCGUUCUACAAAACUUGCGAGUAUUGCAAGGUGGUCGGGCAUGGAGUGAAGGCCUGCCCGGUUUUGCAGCGCAAGGCCCUGGAAAAGGUCAGCAAGCAGAAGGAGGCAGAGAAGAAAGCUGCCAAUGAUGCUUGCAGCGAGUCUGGAACAAGUACCACGGCCUCGUCCGAGAGAGCGUGGUGGCAGAAGCGGGCGGCAAAGAAGGGCAAGUCGAGGACGGCAUGGUCAGAGUGGCAUCCGGAGCAUUGGGUGCUGAGUGAAGAUGAGGAGCGGGAGGCUCGCAAGCUGGAGAAGAAGCUUCGCGAGAUCGCUGCCCUCGAACAGCUGGUAGAGCAAGGGAAGCACCUGGAUUCACUUCAGCUGCAAAAGGUGGAUCGGAGGAGUGAGAUCGAGUCUCAUGAGGUGCUGCGCAAAGUGCGCCUUGGUUACCAGCGGAUCGCUCUGCCGGCUGCUUCCUAG